CAUGUUUUAUUAGGUCCAAAAUUUAUAUCAUUGGAAAGAUUAAUGGCGAUUUACACCAGUAUCUGUCAUAGAAAUAGUUCUACUAUUCGUAGUAUACUUUCACAGGUGGAAACAUUGGUUAAUCUAAAGUACCUAGAUAGAACUAUAUGUAGCUCAAUCGAUUCAGUUAAAUACAAAUGCCUCCUAAAUUUCAAACAGAUAAUGAUAAUUGCAAAGAGUAUUAAAUUUGAAAUAAUCAGGUAUCUGUACGACUUCAAUAAUCUUUAAUGUAGUUACUUUUUAAUUUUUUUAAAUAAAACAUGUCUCUUUGAGCUAAUACUGAAA